CUUCCUUCGUCGUAGUUUCCCAACAAUCCUAGCUAGCAAAGUUGAUAUUUGCUUCAACAAAAAACAGAAAGAGAAACCUAAACAGAGAGAGAGAGAGAGAGAGAGAGAGAGAGAGAGAGAGAGAGAGAGAGAGAGAGAGAGAGAGAGAGAGAGAGAGAGAGAGAGAGAGAGAGAGAGAGAGAGAGAGAGAGAGAGAGAGAGACAACAACACAAAAAGAUGGGUAGAGCUCCAUGCUGUGACAAGAACAACGUGAAGAAAGGACCAUGGUCUCCUGAAGAGGAUGCUACACUCAAAACCUAUAUUGAAAAGAAUGGAACUGGUGGCAAUUGGAUUGCUCUUCCUCAGAAAAUUGGGCUCAAGAGGUGUGGAAAGAGUUGCAGACUUAGGUGGUUAAAUUACUUGAGACCUAAUAUCAAACAUGGUGGAUUUACUGAAGAAGAAGACAACAUCAUCUGCAGCCUUUACAUUAGCAUUGGAAGCAGGUGGUCCAUAAUUGCUGCUCAGUUACCUGGAAGGACAGAUAACGACAUCAAGAACUAUUGGAACACUAGAUUGAAGAAGAAACUGCUCGGGAGGCGCAAACAAUCUAACUUCAGCUCAAAAGACACAAACAAUGGAAUAGAGGAGAAUUCUUAUUCAAAUGCCCUUAGUACUUCAGCUCUUGAAAGACUCCAACUGCACAUGCAACUUCAAAGCCUCCAAAACCCUUUCUCUUUCUACAAUAACCCUGCGCUGUGGCCUAAGUUGCAUCCUAUCCAAGAAAAGAUGAUCCAUAGCCUACAAUCUUUGAAUGAUGGCUCUAACCCUGUGAUGCAAAAUGCUUUGCCUAAUUCCCCACAUGAUGAACAAGGACAAAAGGGUGAGUUUUACAAGCCUCAACAUGAUGGUGCAAAGAUCAAUAACCCUGAUCAGGUUCAUCUUUUGGAGAAUAUUCCUUUGAGUAACAGUGGAGUUCCCUUUGUUGCUUCUGGGAGUAGUACUAAUCCAAUGCACUCAAGUCUUGCACCAAGAUCUGAGGCUAUUCAUGUGCAGACUAACAAUAAUGUGGGAUUUCAGCAACUUGGUGCACUGCAAAAUGAACUAGAUGAGAUUCUCAACAACAGAACAAUGGGUUAUGUGCCACAGGAAGAUCAUGAUAUGGCUUCAGGGUUUGAUUGUUUCAGAGAGAUGAAUGACUCAAAGGAUAGCUUGAUUUGGUGGUCCAAUGAUUCUGAUACCAAAUCAGCAUCCUCAAAUUCCUGGGAAUCAUCUGCUACUCCGGCUCUUCUAACACAAGGGAUGUUCCAAGAUUAUGAACUGGGUUACAGCCUGUAGUGAUCACAAGGAUUUAACUUUCAAUCUGGUUAUGCUAAUUUGUUGUAUUAGUCAUAAGAUGUGGAAAGAGGAAGAAUGAGUAGUAACAGCUCCUGUAAACAACAUCAUGGAUAUAUAAUAAUGUAAACCAAUGCCUAAGUAAUUAAUGUAGAAACCACUAUAUAGUUUGUUCUAAACAA